ACUUGUAUUAGUUUGUCAGACGUCAUGACGACGUUCGCGUAUAUGAAAAUAUUGUCACAUCAAUAUUUUUUUCGCGUAUACAAAUUAUGACAUAAAACCUGUGUAAACGUUACAUAUUGUAUUAGUAUUAUAUUGGUUCCUUUGUCGAGGUUAAAAAAAAUAAUUGGUUAUUUACUCUGUGACAAGAAUUUGAAUAAUAACCUCUACGGUAGCCGUAUUUUUUUUUAAUAUUCAUGUCACGAAAUCAAAGUAUUCAGCCGGGCAGUAUGGAUGGAAGGCGGGAAAACAUGACAAGUGCCCGGAAUCAAAUAUUUACGGCGUUACUAGCAACUAUCCCGACAUUCACAUACGGUAUCCAAAUUGGCUGGCUCUCACCGAUGGGCCCUCUCCUGAAGUCGGCGAACACACCAGCUCGAGUACCAGUAACAGACAACGCCAUCUCGUGGAUGGCAGCGGCAUUACCGCUGGCUGCCAUUUGCGGGAUACCCUUCUUCAGUUACGCCUCAGAUAGAUUCGGAAGAAAAAUUUGCAUAAUUGGAGUCUCAUUUUUGUCCAGUAUAUCCUGGACUAUAAAGCUUACUUUAGUAACACCAGCAGCCCUGACUGUCGCCAGAGUUAUAGCCGGUCUAGCUGCGAGCGGCUGUUUCGUAGUAGUCCCUGUUUAUGUCAAAGAAAUAUCCGAAGACUCGUGGCGGGGGGCGCUUGCAUCGCUAACUAUGACAGUGUGCAAGCUUGGAGUCAUAUUUGUAUAUGCAGUCGGCAUGUCGGUCUCGUAUGUUGGCAAUCAAGCGAUUUAUUUAGCGGUUGCUGCAAGUCACGUUUUACUGUUUUGCUUUAUGCCCGAGUCUCCUAACUAUAUGCUCAAGAAUGGUAAUGAAAAGAAAGCUGCAAAAACAAUAGCUUGGUUGCGCAGCGUCCAUAAAAGUGACAAGAUAGUGAUAGACGAAUUGGCCAAACUAAAAACUGAUAGAUGUCUUUACGAAGCUAUGCCGAGGGUGACAGUCAUGAGCGUUGUGCGAGAUAAAGCCACGUUCUCCGCAUUACGGGUGACACUAGUUUUGAUGGGGAUGCAAACUUUGUCUGGGUGUUUCGCCCUCAUGAACUACGCAGCGGACGUGUUCAAACGAGCCGGUACCGAAUGGAGUCCCAACACUUUGGCACUUUUUAUGGGAUCACUGCAAUUAGCUGGGUCCUUUUUCACAACUAUGUCGAUUGAGAAGUUUGGAAGAAAGCUCCCCCUGGCUUGCAGUUCUCUGCUAGUGUCGAUAUGUAUGACGACACUAGCUACGUAUUUCCUCAUUGGUGGCGAGUCGGUACGCUGGUUACCGGUGCUCGCAGUCUGCGUAUGUAUCUUGGCGUACGGUGCUGGAUUAGCGCCUGUACCUAUGGUGGUCAUGGCUGAAGUAUUCACAUUCCAGAUGCGAGCUCGCAUGGCGGGCGCCUCGAUGGCAUUCUCCUUCUUCUGCAGCUCUAUGACGGUGCUGUUUUACACGCCAGUCGCCAACGAGUUCGGAGAAUACGUAGUGUUUUACACGUUCGCAGCUGUCACUUUACUUGGCGUGUUCUACACGGUGUUCUGCGUACCAGAGACGAAAGGCAAGAGUCUAGACGAAAUACAAAGAUACUGGAAGAAGCCUGAACCCGUUUUUGUAUGACGAUUUGAAGAGCUAUUACUAAAGGUUAAAAUACCUACUUUACACAAGUGAUAACAUGAUACAUUUUGUACCUAUAACCCAAACAAUGAAACUGUAGUCAGUUGAUGUGCCCUCAACGUGAAAUACAUAUUCCACACGGAUAGUUUAUUUUUUAAAGAUAAAAAAGUAAAAGUAACCCUACCUGCACUGUUGGUAUACGCUGACGGGGCUCCAGGCAAGUAAUUAUGACGAAUUUACUACAAUGAAUUUCAUAGAAAAUCAUGUAAACGUUGAGAGCAUAUAUACUUGCGUAUUAUGAAGUUACCAUUACUUAACAAUCCUCUCCCCCAGAUUUAGUUGGGUAUACAAAGCUAAUCGUAAUGUGUCGUGUAAAGUAGUUUAAGUCCCCCGGACACUAAUUAAGGGGUUGCCAGCCGAGUAAACACCUCUGUUUUAUUUAUUAUAAAGGCAGCAAAUAUUUUUCCCUGGAGCAGCAAAAUAUAUCGGGCACUGACUGUGACGUUAUAGUCGUGAAAAUAAAAAAAAAAUCUAGUGAUAUAAUUCUGUGUAUGAUAAGGACAGUAAAUGUAAUGCAGUUUUGGUUGUGGUAAAAGAUCUUUUAAGACGCGUAGUGACAUAGUGAGAUUAUUAGUUUCGGAUUUGAUUCUCGAUCGAAUUUAGGAAACAAAGAUUUCGAAGAAUUAGAAGAAAGUGGCAGAUCUGAUCCCUCCUACCACAGGAUAUCGUCGCUUGAGGACUGGGCAGUUAUAACGUGCACUUUUAUUCAGAUAUUGAUUUUUUAUUACGAACAGCCUCAGGUGAUACGUGAUGAUCGACCACAAUUUAUUUUUUCAAAUUACUCGGAUAAAGGUUUAGUUUUUAAGGUGUAGUUAGUUUAAAUAUGAUUUAUGUAAUAUAUAACGGUUAAUUCUAACAGUGCUUGUUACCAAAUACAAUAUUUUUAAAUGAGAUUAUUUUAUAUUUUUUUAUAAAAUUACUAUAAUCGAGAGAUUGUUUUUGAAAAUUGUUCUUUUUUAUCAAAAGUCUAUAUAUUAUAUUAUGUAACGGGAAAUUAAUGAACUCCGUUUUUUUUUUUGUCGAUUCCCACAAUAUGUUUCGACUUCAUCCGGUAUUCUUUAGGAGGCAUUUGGCGCUUUAUAUCCCAGCAUCACGACUCACACGAGGCGUUCAUUUCAUUAAUUUGACAUUACAUAUGUAUAUACACAUCUAGAAAGGUAUUUAAUUUGGUAUGUGUGUGUAUGAGUUUGUAUUUAUAUAAAAGCUGCUUUGAAUGCAUUUCUUUCUCUUUCAUGACGAGAACUUGAUAGACAUUAAGUACAUAACCAAAUAACUAGUUGAAGAAUUUAUGUAUAAUAUAAUACAUAAAAAAUUCUAAUGUACACAUUUAAUUAUCUAAACUUUAAUGCAAAGUUAUGAACGCUCUUAAGAGACCAUACUAUCAAAUAUUUAAGCCCAUGUGCAUGAGUCAUCAAUAUACAGGGUGUAAGGGACAGGUUGGCCAAAACAAAAACAGCUAAUUUAGAUGGUCUGAAUCAUGACUGGAUGCUCCAGUCAUCUAAUUAAUGAUUUUUAAUUUUGACACUGUGCAAUGUAUUUAAAAUUUUACGAUCCACACCACGCAUGAUGCCUACAACGCACGCUCAAUAGCGCUUCUUCGUAGGUACUUUUCGUACGCUUGAGACGUUGACCUUACACAGUUUAUUCCGCGCGUCGCGGUAGAAUUUUAAUAUUUAUGUGUUAUAUUACAUUGCUCUUUUUUUUUUUGUAUUCCAUAGUAUUUCACUAUAAAAUAUAAUUAAUUCUUUAUAUUAUAACAUAAUUUCAUAGAUUACAUGAUUUUAAAUAAAAAAAGAAAGCUUUUAAAUUUUCCGGAAAGAAUUUCCAUUAGUUUUCAGUUGAGAAUAAUGGUCUGAAUUCACUAUUUCAGUUUUGGCCAACCUACCCCCUGCACCCUAUAUAGAAUAAAUAGGCUGAAAAUUAAAAGAAUUUCUUUAUAUUAUUAUUAAUUUUUAGAAGAUAUUUUAUAACUUUCUACUACUAUUAAAAUUACUUUUUGCAUCACUUUUCUUUUGGAAAAAUGUUUAUUGAUAAAAAUCUAUCUUAAAAAUGCGCCAAUGAUUUCACCUUCAAGCUGUACGUGAGAUGUUCAAUAAAACGUUGAGAAUA